CCAAGAAUCCCUCAUUCAUAUAUAUAUCCACUAUAAAAAGUUCAAAAACCCUAAUUUGCUACAGGCAAGAGAGAGCCCUUGAGCUACAAGUGCAGGAGGAGCAUUUCGCUUCCCAUUUAACACCUGGGCAGUAGCGAGUUACACCAUCGAAAAUGAAGUUCAAUAUAGCAAAUCCAACGACUGGGUGCCAGAAGAAACUCGAGAUAGACGAUGACCAGAAACUCCGUGCAUUUUUUGACAAGAGGAUAUCACAAGAAGUCAGUGGAGAUGCCCUGGGUGAGGAGUUCAAAGGUCCGUGCAUUUUUUGACAAGAGGAUAUCACAAGAAGUCAGUGGAGAUGCCCUGGGUGAGGAGUUCAAAGGUUAUGUAUUUAAGAUUAUGGGAGGCUGUGACAAACAAGGUUUUCCAAUGAAGCAGGGAGUUCUAACUCCAGGCCGUGUUCGACUUUUGCUUCACCGAGGUACCCCUUGCUUCCGUGGAUAUGGGAGGCGUAAUGGAGAACGAAGAAGGAAGUCUGUUCGUGGAUGCAUUGUUAGUCAGGAUCUCUCAGUUUUGAACUUGGUUAUUGUUAAGAAAGGUGAACAGGAUCUGCCAGGACUGACAGACACUGAGAAGCCUAGAAUGAGAGGUCCUAAGAGGGCAUCAAAGAUCAGGAAACUGUUUAACCUCUCCAAGGAGGAUGAUGUCCGGAAGUAUGUCAACACUUACCGCCGAACAUUUACAACCAAAUCUGGUAAGAAGGUUAGCAAAGCUCCCAAAAUUCAGAGGUUGGUGACUCCUUUGACUUUGCAAAGGAAGCGUGCUAGAAUAGCAGACAAGAAGAAGAGAAUUUCAAAGGCCAAGGCUGAGGCAGCCGAGUAUCAGAAGCUCCUUGCCACCAGAUUGAAGGAGCAGCGUGAGCGCCGCAGUGAGAGCUUGGCAAAGAAGAGAUCUAGAUUGUCUGCUGCCUCAAAGCCCUCUGUUGCAGCAUAGUGAACAAGUUUAUCAGGGUUUUCUUCUUCCUCCAGGGUUUGAUCGUGUAAUGUUUCAGUAAAUGGAUUUUUGUACCUUGGUUCUGUAGCCUAUCACCUUAUCGAGCUUUUUGCCCCUUUAUGUAUUUAUACAUUUAUCCUGUUAGGAUUAUUCUUAGUGGGUUUAAUUGCUAGUUACCAUUUGUAGGGGGCAAAUCAGUUGGGUUACAGUUACAGUUCAAUUAAUUUUCAAGUGAUUAUUGAUCUUUUGCAUGCCAAAA